AUGGUGCUGACGAGGGCAAAUCGCGGCGCCAGCGACCAGCCGGCCGAGUCUGGCCGGUCUGCACGCCUGGCGCGUCGCCGCGGGGGCUCCAACGAUAACAUGGAACGCGAAUUGCCGGCCAGGCCCAGGGCCAAGGGCAAACAAGUCGCGGUGCCGUCGAGCGAUCCGGGCGACGACGAAGAAGACGAAGAGGAGGAUGAAGGGGCAGGGUCAGAGGAGGAGGAAAUCGCCAAGGGCGAAUCGAUUGCACGGUUCAAUGCGCCGAGAGGAAACCUCGUCAAGUCCAUCAGCCCGCCGCCUCAGAGCGAAAGUGACAUUGCUUCAAUCAUUGGUUCUCAGAGCGUGUCUGGUGUCCAGAGAUUCGCCAACCCUUACGGCGCAACAGCACAGUACACACGUCACUCAAGAAGCCCGGUAAGGGAGGAUGACGAGGAAGACGCGCCAGACGAAGGUCGCGGGACCCAAGGGAGCAACCACAACAUCAGCCGCGACGAGACGGCGGAACUUCGAGAAAAUGCCCUCGACCCCCUUUGGAGCACCACGAACGACCUCGCCAAGUACCUCCUCGAGCCAAAGCCGGACAAGAAGACCUGGAACCAGCUGCUUAAGAUCCAGCGCCAGAACUGGGCCAGCAUGCAGACCCUCUUCACCAACUGGGACAACGAGUUCCUCAUCGACCUACCCGACGUCCUGUCCGCAUUGCCCGAGAAGCUCCAGUCGCGCGGACGGGUCAUCCUUGCCGCGACGAACGCGACUUCCCUCCAGAAUGAGCUCAUCAAGACCGUCCAGGGCACCGGCGACCUGCUCGACAUCUGCGCCCGCGUCUUCGAACGGCUUGAUCAGGACUUUCCCGCCCCCUUCCUCAUCUCCAUCCCCGACGAUCCGUAUGAGCUCAUCACCAACGAAGUGAUCGAGCUGACUCUCGACAUCCGUGUCCAGAAGUUCAUCGCCCAGCUGAGAGACCUCACCGAUCACCCCGUCAGCCCCGCCAACAUUGCAUCUGACCUCUUCUGCGCGGUCGACGAAGGCGUGGACGGCGAGGAAGCGCUCCGUCACGGGCCAUACCAACCCGUCUGCGGCGGCGUCGAGUCCCCCCUGGUAUCACAGCGCGCUAGAAGCAUCGCGCAGCUGAUCGAGGAGAAGACGGUUGUGGAGGCAAUCCACAUGCUGGAGGACGCGUUCCCUUUCAUGACCGAGGACGGGACCGGCCUCUCCGUCGACCUGAUGCAAUGGACCGCCGACAUCAUCGGACAGGCACAGGAUUUCCUGCGGGAGCCGGCGAUCGGGUCAACUAUCAGAUCCUCUUCUCCUUCCGAAUCCCUCGCCUCAUCCUCCCAGCAGGAAUUUGUCCGCAAGGACGUCCCCGACGAUCUAUCCGCAGAUGGAGACGACAUCCUCGCCAUAGCCCGGGGCAAGCCGCCCCCCUCUUCCGCCGCCGCCGCCGGACCAAGCACCUCGGCCACGCGGUCCAGCGGCUUCACCCCCGUGAACGGCACCAAACGCCCGUCCGCAACCCAAGACCCCGAAGACCCCUUCGAGAACGACACCCGCUCUCCAGACCCCUCCCGCAGAGCCCAGCUCGACCUCGACAGACAAAACAUGCCCCCGCCAGCCUCCCGUCCCCAGAAACGCCAGCGCCUCCCUUCCCACCCGCAACCGCAGCCCUCAUCCUCCGCCUCCUCCUCCCGUCCAACUCCCUCCCCCAGCACCAACCCAGCAGCCGCCCCUCCCUCCCCGAACGGAAGCACCAGCAGCGGCGCCCCUCCCCCGUCCUCUGCGGCCUCCACCUCCCUCCUCAGCGGUGAGAUGUCCUUCUCCCAGAUCCGCGAAUCGAACCGCCUGCCGCCCUCCCGCGCCGCCGGCGCCCCGCAGCGCCAGCCCUGGUCCGACACCGACACCCGCCGCCUCAUCCGCCUCAUCGAGGUGCACGAGUGCAAAUGGGCCGUCAUCGCCAGGCGCCAGGACCCCGACUACCGCCGCGGCAGGCAGCCCGACCCCGGCCCCGAGGACACGGAGGACUGCGUCUUCGAGAUCCGGCGCGACCAGCAGGCCAUCCGCGACAAGGCGAGGAACCUCAAGGUCGACCUGCUAAAGGCCGACUUCGCAUUAUACCCGGGCUUCAACAGCAUCGCCCUCGGCAAAAAGGAGCGGGCCGCGCUCAUUGCGCGCGGCAAGAACCCUGACCGGCGGGAGGAGGACACCACGCCUGACGGUGUGGUUCACAACACGACAUUUAUUCCUGACGAGUAG